UUCGCGCCAAACUUCAGAAACACUGGAACAAAAGUCACAGCUACAAAAACUGGUUGAAAGACGCUGUGAAAAUAUCAUAUUUUAAACGAUAUUCAACACCUUUAAUGAUGGCGGCUGAGCGAGCAGUACUGAGGUUUGCAAAGCUUUCAGAGUUGGCAUUCAAACCAAGUAAAGGAUCACAGUUUGCCGCGGGAUUUGACUUGUACAGCGCAUAUGACUACACAGUGCCAGCAAGGGGACAGGUUCUAGCAAAAACUGACAUCCAGGUUGCUGUGCCACCAGGUUGCUAUGGAAGAAUUGCUCCAAGAUCGGGUCUGGCAGCAAAACAUUCCAUUGAUGUUGGUGCGGGAGUGGUGGAUGCAGACUACAGAGGCAACGUCGGGGUCAUCUUGUUCAAUUUUGGACCAGACGAUUUUAAAGUAAGUAGAGGUGACCGUAUCGCCCAAUUGAUCUGCGAGAAAAUUGAAUUGCCCGACUUGGAAGAGAGUGAAACACUGGACGACACAGCGCGAGGUGAUGGAGGGUUUGGCUCGACUGGGAUAAAACACGACUCGCAAGUCUGUGACGACGCGGCGAAAAAGCUAAAAGCUAACAAUGGUGAAGCCAUCACUGCCAACGGUGACAAAAAUUGAUGUUACUGUGUAGUGAGAAGUCGGUUGGUCAAAAACUGCUGAUCUCUGUGAGGUAGAAUUUCAUGACACCAUUGAACAUAUAGGAAUGAGACCAGUGUAUUUGGACUUGUUGAUGAAAGCAUUUUUGAUAACUAGCUUGCUGCAGUUGCAAGACAACACAGCUGUGGGCAUUUCAACACAACAUUAGAGCCCUCCCCACAUCAGAUGUCUGAAUUCACACCACCGUCUAGUUAUUGAAUCUGUUCAUUGUUGGGUCAUGGUCACCAGAAUUUACAGCAUUUGAGCGUUGUGCUCAACCACAAGAUCAACUCGGUCAGUUUGACGCAAAACCAGUCUGAUAAGUUUGGCGUGCUCAUGCUUAGCUAGCUUUUUGUGCACUGCUUUCUCAUAUGCACAUAAUUGUACCGACUAAAAGACAGUUUUUGUUUAUCAUUGUAUGUAAAUCAUUGUAUUCUUUGGUUGUAAUGCUAAUACAUGACUAAAUAUUUUUGUAUUCUAACUGAAA